GUCAUCGCAGGCUCGGUGGCUGGAGUCUGCGCGUACCGGCAGUAGACUUUCUGGCGCCUGCCGUCGUAAAGCAUCUCUGUUGCGGCGUCGAAUACAGAGGUGCUCAAACAUGGCAAAUGAAAGCAUAGAAAAAGCUCUCCAGACAAUAUGUGAAGGAAACCAAAAGUUUACCUUCAGUAUUUACAAGAUUCUCUCAGAAGUCAAAGGUAACCUGUUUUUCUCCCCAACGAGCAUGCAGGUAAUUUUAGCUCUUGUACAUCUUGGUGCAAAGGGUAACACUGCUCAGGAGAUUGCAGAUGGCUUAUGUCUUCCAUCUGAUAAGGAGACUAUUGAGAAUGGAUUUAGAGAAUUAACAAAUCGUUUGCAGGGGUCUGAUGACAUAGUGCUUGAAGUAGCCAACAAGGUUUAUGCACAAGCAAGUUUUCCAAUUAAAGAAGAGUUCAGAGCAUCUGCUGCAAAAUUUUUUGCUGAAGCUGAAGAAGUUGAUUUUAUCAAUGAAACAGAGAAAUCUAGAAUAAAAAUCAAUGAGUGGGUAGAGAACAAGACAAACAAAAAGAUAACAGAGUUGUUCCCUGGAGGUUCUUUGAGCCAGUUGACUUGCCUGGUGCUUGUAAAUGCAAUUUACUUUAAAGGCCUGUGGAAUAUCCCAUUCAAGAAAGAUGACACAUCCCCCAUGCCUUUCCAUGUUUCUGCAACUCAGAAGAAAACUGUAGAUAUGAUGAAACUAAAGAAAAACUUUAUGUAUACAGAGGCAAAACAACUUCAAGCUCAAGUUUUGAAGCUCAACUACAAGGGGGGGCAGUUGAGCAUGGUGAUACUCUUGCCAAAGAAGAAUAAUGGUCUUAAGAAAUUAGAAGCAAAGCUUGCAUCUUUGAAUCUAGCUGAUAUUCUGGACGAAAUGUAUGAAGUUAAAGUGGAGGUCUACUUACCAAAAUUCAAACUGGAACACAAAAUAGACCUGAGAGAUACUUUGGAGAAACUUGGUAUGAAGGCUAUGUUUGAUCCAUGUGAAGCAGAUCUCACGGGUAUAAGUGACUCACAACCUGGCCUUGUUGUUAGCCGCAUCUUGCACAAAGCUUUCAUAGAAGUAAAUGAGGAAGGCACUGAAGCUGCAGCAGCAACUGGUGCUGAAAUUGUUCUACUGUCUCUGCGAACAACUAUACCUCGUCCUGUUGUGUUCAAAGCUGAUCAUCCAUUCCUGUUUCUGCUCAUAAGUGUUGUUAACAAAGCUAUCCUUUUUAUUGGAAGAGUUCAGGAUGUAGAAUCAAGCAAUCCAGAAGGUCUGGGCCCUACAAGUAGCUGUCAGCAUCUGUGACAUGGGUCCGUGUAAGAUCAUGAGGGUGCUGCUCCUUAAUGCUGCCGUAGGUUCAUCUUGAUGUUACUGCAUCACCACAUGGGAAUCAUGCAAUAGUUAAAAAAAUUUCCAGUAUUUCUUCUUCAUGAAGAGUUUUAUAUUGACUUAACACUAUCUCAUGACUGAUGCAAGAUUGACUUCAGACUGACCUCUGGCGGUGUACAAAUUACCUCUAUUUAUAUGAUUUUAAGCAAUUACUGUCAUUGUUACAUAUUAAACUUUUAGAAUUAUACAAUUAAAGUUUUUAUAUACAUUCUCCCAAAUUACAUAGAAAUUUAUAUGAAGUAAAAGUGAAUAAUUUCAUAUGUAGAUAGGAAAGAAUCUGUAUCUAUUAAGACCAUAAAUGACAUUGUUAACUGAAAAGUGACUUUAGUCACUCAAUGAAUUUUAAAUGCUUAAGUAAAAGAGCUGUAAAAUAAUGUAUAAAAAAUAACUGGCUGUAUUAAUAUGUCUAAGAUGUAAUGCAUUUUAACAAGAAUUGUUACCUGUAAGGCUAAGAUCUAAGGGUAUUAUAUGUUUGUAACUGUACUUGAUGUUUACAAAAGCCAUCAUAUUGAUGAC